CUGGUCAGUAGUGGUUCAAUCUAAAUUGUUAUAUCAUUCUCAAGUUGGUGCAUUUGUUCUAUUAUUAAAUUAUUCAUGCACAUUUUACAUGUAUUGUAGCCUUUUAUUUCGAACAGUUUUGAGCACAUGUACGUGAAUCACUCAACCCAUACAAGAUCACAUUUGCUCAGCUGAACUUUUGUAUGGCAAAAUUUCUGCAACCAUGUGUUUGAUAAACUGCUGUUGUUAUCACUACUGUCUAGCAAAACGGACAAGUGAGUUAGUUCUGUUUGCGGAUUCGUCAGUGCAAGACGUCUUGUAAGAGGGAACAGAAAAUAACCGUGGGUUAUUAAGUGAAUGGAUACCAAAACUAAUUUACAUACAGUUUAGUUAAAAAAACCACCCAUAACUACUUCACCAUCAUCAGAAAAUGAUCUCAUUAGUGAUUUUCACGUGUGUGUGGACUGUAGAGGGGUUUAAUUUAUCGCCCAACGCCAAUUAUGUAUUCAAUCAUCCAGUUCUUAAAACGUUUAUACCGCCGACACGAAGUUCUUAUUUUGGAUUCUCAGUCAACCUGCGCGCAAGUGGGGUAAUAGUCGGAGCACCUCAAGCACAGUCGGACUUUGAAUAUCAGCGAAAUAUAAAUGAAACAGGAGCUAUUUAUAAGUGUAGCUUCGCGAACCAUUCUACCUGUGUCCCGUUCCGUCUUGACCGGCAGGGUAACACCAACUACGAGGACUACUAUACCAACCAUCCCGAGAUACGAUCGGAGUAUAAGGAGCACCAGAUGCUCGGAGCAACGGUAGAGGGACUCGGCUCCGAUAGAGCUUGGUUUGUCGCUUGUGCUCCACAACUUAAGGGCAACGUCGAGAGAGCGUACCUUUUGCAUGGGAUUUGCUACCUGACCGAGGGUACCAUCGAGGUCGAUGAGCCGAACAAUUUGUACAAAAUAAAACCACUGCGUCUUAAAGCACAACAGCGAAAAACGGGCUACAACUAUAUGUACGCAGAGCUAGGCUUCAGUCUGCACGUGACAGACGACGGGGAUGAAAUACUUAUAGGAGCACCCGGCGUUAUGGAUUGGCGAGGCACUGUUCUCCGCUAUCGCCAACGGCCAACAAAAACUAACAACCAGGCGGUUCCUCGAAGCAAUGUUUACCUGGAGACCAACUGGAGGCGGCGCCUAACACAUGAAUGCGUUGUGCCGGAUCCAACUUACACUAAUAUUCCUCCAAACUCCUACUUUGGAUACGCUAUCAGUUCGGGUCGGUUUCUAGGAACUCAAAAAGUCCUGUAUGUGGCAAGCGCUCCCCAAGCACGCAAACAACACGGUGAAGUGAUCCUUUUCGACUAUGCCGACAAUCACACCAUCUGGGAGGCGGUGAUCGUUCGAUAUCGAACAUUUGUAGGUCAUCAAUUUGGCGAAUAUUUCGGGUACGCACUGUUGACGGAGGACUUUAACAGUGAUGACCUUCCGGAUCUUGCAAUCGGUGCCCCAAUGCAUAGUCGCGCUGUGGAUUACGAUAACGGUGCGGUAUAUGUACUGCUCAACAUGGGCGAACUGAACUUCGAACUACAGACCAAACUGAUGAGCUCGUAUGAGUUGGGAGGCAGGUUUGGUACGAGCUUGGGAAAAAUCGGUGAUCUCAACAGAGAUGGAUAUGGCGAUAUUGCAGUUGGGGCACCUUUUGAGGAGGAUGGAACCGUUUACAUAUUCCUCGGUUCUCCAAAUGGGCUUCAGUCACGACCAAGCCAGCGGUUGGUACCAUCGCUUACUCAGUCACCAAAACCACCGAGACAGCCACACAUGUUCGGUCACGCACUUUCUCGCGGUGUCGACAUCGAUGGUAAUGGGUACACGGAUCUGGCCAUUGGAGCACCAAAUGGAGAGGCCGUGUACGUGUACCGCUCUUAUCCUAUCGUACGCAUUGAGGCAAGAAUUAAUUCCACCAAGCGAGAACUACCCGCCGAAGGUGGAGUCUUUCAAAUAGCCCUAUGCUGGUCCACGGACUACCCUGCAGGUGUAUCGUUUCCCGUUGUCCUACAAUACACACUGGACGUUGAUAGCCAGAUGGGGCGAGCAUCGGUCAGUGAUAGAAAGAAUCCUGAGAAAAACCAUGAAAUUGCAACAAUUGGAAAAGAUCCAAUGUGUUUAGAGUACAACGUAGUGGUUAAUGCAUCGCCAACCACACUCUACAAACCAAUCGCAAUCGAGAUCGAGUUCGGUAUAGCCCCAACUGCAACGCCCCCAAAGGAUGGGAACCAUUUUUGUGAGCACUGUGCCAUUCUUGAUCCACAGGAUUCUAAUCGCGUCCAGGAGCGUAUCCCGUUCAAAACCGGCUGCCAGAAGGAAACGUGUAUCACGGAUCUCAAAAUUACAAACAUCCGAUGGGUUGACGUAGUGCCACCGUAUGUAAUUGGAAGUGCAAAAACUGCCACCCUAGAAGUGGAGAUUGAAAAUGCAGGUGAAAAUGCAUAUCUUCCACAACUGAACGUUACCACUUCGUCAUUCCUUCGCUUGAUCAACCCUUCAUCAGAAUGUCUGCAGUCACAGACCGUACAUGACCAGAUCAGCAUGUUAUGCGAUUUAAAUAAUCGGUUACCACUGAAAACGUUGGCCCGAACUAAAUACUCACUCACAUUUGAUGUCACACAGCUCCAGGCGUCUGUCGGGUAUGUAAAAAUUCUCAUUCAAGCUUUAACCACUAGCAAAGAACAAUGGCCUCGGGAUAAUGAAAUGGAGGAACGACUACAUUUGCUGGAAUUCAGUCAAAUAGAUAUUGUAAGCAAAGUUUUACCACGAGAAGCAAACCUAAAUACACAGACAGGUUUUCUGAAUAUAACUCAGCUGGUAAAAUUGCACAAUAACGGACCAAGUGCAUUAAGCGAUGCUUUGUUGCUUUUAGACAUUCCUCUUCGCUACACGCCAUCUCAUCAUGGUGGACAGAAAAGCUGUCAAAUUAUAAGGCUUGCGGAUGUAAACGUACGAAGCAGCUAUAACAAUACACCGUUGGAGGUGGACUGGAUUCAACCAAACUCUGGGAAGGAAUUACUAAAACAAACGUUUGCUUUUUAUCGGAAAAAUCUGCCCGAACAAUUUAUUCCCAGACGGGUAAUCAAUGAAGUUGAAGUUCCUAGUAAUAUUGAAUACUCCAGCAGUUCUAAUCCAGGAAACGAUGUAUCAGCUGAAUUUCCAUAUGCAGAGCAUCCAUUUGGGGACGGUCUUGGAGAGGAUGGUGCACGAGCGAAAAGAUCUAAUCUUUGGCUGCAACCUAUCCGACAAAACAUAAGCAAUAUUCAGCUGGACGACAUGCCACCAAUGCGUACUGUUUAUUUUAACUGUGCGCAAAACCUUUCUACCGUUGAAUGCCUGCAGCUGCAAAUACGGUUGCCUCAUUUGCCUGCGAUCAACAAACCCAUCUUUGUCGAGUUGCAGUACAAGCUGAACCUGAACGCAAUCGAGCCAUGUCUGCAAGAACAGGAAGACAUUUUCGUGGUACAGACACUGAGCGACUUACAAAAGCCGUCAGCUAACGUUCAGGAUACGUUCAAAAUUGCACGUAACAAUCCGUACACGGUCGUGUAUCGGGAUGCCAGCGUUAGUACACCGAUUUGGAUCUACGUGUCGUCGUCGUUCGGGGGACUAAUACUGUUGGCAGUGAUAAGCUACGCAAUGCAUCGGGUGGGAUUCUUUGAGCGACACAUGAAGCAAGAAAUGAGGAAAAUCAACCGUGAGAGCGGAAUCUUAGACAGUCCAGCGGAUAUGGAGUGCGUAGAUGAGGAAGUUUCUGAAAUAUAAUGAGUUAAUAUUUAAUCACACAUAACAAUUUAAAGGAUAAAGAUAAUAACAGAAUUAUUUAACCCAACGACUUUUGACUACUAAGAACUAAGACUAAGAAGAUAUAUGAAGAGUAUUUAAAGUUCACAGUUGAACUAUGUUGUUCAGCAGUAACAGAACCCAUUAGAUCAAGUCACUCCAAUGUGUGACUUGCAGACAUAAUGAAGUAAGCAUCAUGAAUCAUUGUCCAUCAGCUUCUCGUCGAGAAGUGUAGGCCGGUGUAUCAUCCUGAUAGCUGGUAGAAUGCUUCCAAUCCCUAUCA